AUGGCGUCCAUCAAGUCGAAUCUAUUGCUUUUGCUCUGCAUCAUUUGCUUUUGUUGCUGCUGGUCGCGUCCCGUGCUGGACAAUGAGGUGACCUCAUUGGAUGCCAGCGAGGAGCGCAUUAACAACGACAUUUUGCAAGAACUGCAUGCGCUGCAUGCCCCAGCUGGUGGCAAGUAUCACAAACGUCGCGCCUUCUUUCAGCCACUGCAGCAACAGCAACAAUUGUGGCUGCCGCUGCGCAGUCGCAGCCCCUUCCUGGAGCGUUUGUACAAUUCCGCAUAUUCCAUGCCACAGUUUGCUGCUGCUGGCGCCGCCAACUACAACUACAACUACAAUAACGAGCUGCCUCCCUUGGCUACCUACGAGCUACUCGAGCCGUUUUAUUAG